CACUAUACAUGACUGAACUUCGAAGAUUGACUGCUAAGUAGCGCUUUAAUCAGCGUAAAUUUUAGGCUUCAAGGUAUUGCUUCUUCUUAAAAGAUCGUAAUAUUUUCUAACCUGCUGCAUUGACUGCGAUGCUAAAUAUUUCAUACUUCUGAUUUUAUGUAUAAUCUAAUUUCUAAUUCGAAAUGCCCAAAAAAUCUGGUAAAUCCGUGUGGGGUAAUCGAGGUGGACGAGCAAAUAAUACUGAAGAGAAACAUUACUUUGGACAUGAUGAUAGACUUGUCAGAAUGGAAGGAAGAUUAUAUAGUAAUAGGCCUCGUGUAUCAUUUAAGCCACAACCAAGGCCUAAUAGAGAUAUACCAAGAAGUUUAUUAGAGGCUUAUUUAGAUGACGAUAUUGCAAUGAGUGCAAAUUCAAAUAAUAACAAUAAUAGACAAGUUAUUGUAAGAGGGAGAGGAAGAGGCUUGUCUAGAGGUAGAAAUAGUCCUUUACCACAUAGAGGUUUUCGAGGGGGUAUACUUCCUAGACCACAACUUACCCUUGGAGAAGCUAAUUGGUACAAAAUUAUUAUACCAUAUGGACAAAAAUAUACAAAAGAUUAUGUAAUAAAUAAUCUUUUGAGUUAUAUCACUCCAGAAACUUUUGUGCCGAUUAUGUACAAAGCCAUGGGAAGUGAAGCUGUUUUCUAUGUCGAUGAUCACAAAACAGCAAAUGCACUUCUUAAUUGUGAUCGUAAAAUUACAACGACGGAAGGUUUUAAGCUUCAAGUUAGAGUUAAACCAGGAUUUCCUCAAUGUGAAAUUAAUGAUAAAUUAAAAGAAAGAUUAAAGCAAGCUAUGGUAAAACGAUAUGUUCAAGAAAACAAUGCUUUAGAUUUGUCAAGAUUUCAUCAGGAUCCAGAUCUUGUUGCUGACUAUUUUUGUGCAUUGUUUCGACCAGUUAUGUUACUAACUGUACUGGACAUUGUCUCAGAACAUAUUCCCACAUUAGAAGCUUUAAAUUUAGAUGGCAACAAACUUAAUUUAAUUGAAAGACUCAAUGUGCUUCACAAAAAAUUUCCAAAAUUGAAAAUAUUGUAUAUAGGUGACAAUAAGAUAAGAGAAAUUAAUCAAUUAGAUGUUUUAAAAGAUGUGAAACUAGAAGAGUUACGACUAGCUGGAAAUCCUGUGUGCAUCAAAUAUAAAUCUCGACAGAGUGAUUAUAUUAGUGAUGUGCGGAAAAGAUUUCCCAAGCUCCUGAGACUGGAUGGUAUGGAGUUACCACGUCCAAUCUUAUUCGAUGUUGCGGAUGAUACAUCAAAGAUACCUCCUACCCAACGAAUAUUCACUACAGACACCAAGGCCCAAGAAGUAGCAAGUCAAUUUCUGCAACAGUAUUUUAUGAUCUUUGAUAGUGCUAAUCGCCAACCACUGUUGGAUGCUUAUGAUGAACAUGCAUGCUUCAGUUUAACAGUAACUACUCAUCCUCAUAAUCCCAAUAAAUUGAGUACAUACAUCUUGGAAAAUAGAAAUUUAUUUAGAGUAAACGAUACUAACAAAAGACAAAAAUUAUUAAAACAAGGAAGAUUGCCUGUGGUUUCAUUUAUCUCAGAAAUGCCACAAACUAGACAUCAUUUACAUACAUUCACAAUGGAUAUUACUUUAGUUACUGAAGGAAUAAUGUUAAUCACAGUAACAGGAUUAUUUAAAGAGCUGAAUAGUAAAGAUGAACCUUUACGGUAUUUUAACAGGACAUUUAUUAUAGUGCCAAAAGGAAACGGAUAUUGUAUUCUUAACGAGCAGUUACAUAUCAGUCAUCCAACUGAAAUGCAACAUAAACUUUUAUCAAAUCAUCCUGCAGAAGCACAAAUGUCUGAAGGCCCCUCGAUAUCUAAAACAUCAAAUUCUGGUGUAGAAGCAACAGUUCCUCAAUUAUCAGAAGAAGUAAAACAACAAAUGACUGUAACAUUAAGUCAGCAGACAAACAUGAAUCUGGAAUGGAGUUUAAAAUGUUUGCAAGAAGUUCAGUGGAAUUAUGAAAAUGCUGUAUCUGCAUUUCAAGAAUUUUUUAAGCGAGGACAAAUACCAUCAGAAGCGUUUAGUAAGUAAAUUUUGCUAUCAUUAAAAAGGUAGAAAGAUGUUUCAGAUUCAUGUCUUUCUGCUUGAAGACAUAUUACUUAAUAUGAAUAAGGUGCUGAAGUCUUGGGUAUUCAUAAAAUUUCAUAAUAAUAUUUUAUAUUUCAUUAAUUUUAACUAAAGAAAAAUGAAAAAACAAUUAAAUGUUUUUAAUUCAUUAUUCUUUAGAUAAGAUGUUUAUUCAAGACAUUUGCAAUUAAACAUAGAUUAGAAUAUAGUAUACAACAUCAGCUUUAAGUUUAUAUUCUAAAUCAGAGAUGUGCAAACUUUUUGUGGAAAAAGAAAUUAUUUUCCUACUAUUGUUAUUUUAUUAUUUCUAUUAGAGUAUGCUGACUUCUCCAGCAUUUUCAAAUGCUAUAAAUCACAUAUGAUCUCUUUAUUUGUAAACAAAAGAUAUCAUAGUGUGGUAAAAUAAUAACAGUAAAUAAACGCUUGCUGCUCUGGCAUGCAAUCAUGAAAGGCAGUAACUCCAAGAGAGUUAAUUUAAAAAAAACACCUUCAAAAUUUUUGAGGAGUUAUUUUAGACUUGUCAAAAAAAUCAUACGAGAACAAAUUUUUCGAAAAUACUGCCUUUAUUCUUUUUAUUGGUACAAAAUGCUUUUCUUUAUGAUGGAGUACCCUGAAAACGUAAAAGCAGUAUUUAAUUUUCUCGAAUAAUAUUUUGUAGGAUUUUUUUUACUGCUUUUCUUUAUAACAUGUAAUAGAGCUUUUCAAGACAAGUUCAAGUAUAAAUAAGUCAGAAUGUCAAAAAAUCAUAAAUACUGCUUUUGUUAAUUGCAUGACAGCGUUGGUAGAAGUGAGAAUUCGCUAAGGAAAAAUAAAAUAAAUAGUGAGAAUAAGGAAUAAUUGGCUCUGUGAGCCAACUUUGCACAUCUCUGUUCUAAAUAAUACAAAAAAUGAAAAAAUAUCACUUAAUAUUUUUUCAAUGCAACUAUAUGUCAUCUUUACAAAAAUUUCACUUUGCAAAUUACAUAUAACAUAUUGCUGCAUAUGCAAUAUCUGCAAAUUGCUUAUUAUUAUAUUUCUGUUGGUUAUUCAUGAUUUAUAAUAUUUUAUUACAUUGAUAAAAAAGAUUCAGCUUAAUUUUUAUAUUGUAUUAUCAUGAACAGUCGCUUUUGAUUACAAAGCUAUACAUGAAUUAAAUUCUUUUCCAUGUUUGAUAUAGCUAUAAAAUAUUUGAUCUGAUGGUAUAUAAUAUGUGGUGUGUGUGCAAAAUAAGAAAAAAUACUUUGUUUCUUUUUCUUUGUACAUAAAUCUAAUCAUAUGUUACAAAUAACACGUCAUCUACAUAUUAUACUUGUCUAUCCUAUUUAUAAACUUUCAGAGUUAUAUAUGAAAAUGAAGUUUCAAAGUAUUACGUAUGUAAUACUAUUUUACCUAUAUUGCUUACUAUGUUUGUUUCACAAUUUAUAUAAGUUAAAUUUGAAAAAAGAAAUUUCUUAAGAAUGUACUUCAGCAUACAUAGUAAUAAUAUAUAUUUAUAUUAUAUCUCUAAAAUAUUUUAUAAGAGAUUAAUAUUACUCUGAAAGUAAAAUUACUCACACACACAUACAGUAUGUCAUUACAAGAUAAAAAAAAUUGUUUAGUAAUAUAUUAAUUUUAAAUAAGCAAUAUACGUAAAUAAAUUUUACAUAUCUCAAGACAAAAUAUUCGAAAAAACUCUAAGGAUACGUAAAUUACAUAAAUUUUUCAAUAAUUCACAGAUGAGAUAUGUAUAAUUAUAAUAUCAACGCAGAUCAAUUAUUCUUAAACGAACAUAGUAAACAAAUUUUAUUUAAUUUUAUGGAAGUAAACAGAAAUUACUAAAAAUUGUUUUAAUUACAAAAUUUUGUUAGAUUUAUACAAUAGAUGCGUAAUUACUCAUACAAAAAAGGUGAAUUUAUGGAAACCAAUGCUAUAGAUAUAUUAUAAGAAUUUCUACAUUUUUGCAGGAAAAUUUAAAGUAAAAUGUGAGUAUAAAUUGUUCGUAAAUAUCUGAAGUUUUUUUUACCUUUUUAUCGUAUUUUUAUGAUUAUAAUUAUUAUCACAUCAUUAUUAUUAUUAUUAUUACUAUUAUUAUUAUUAUUAUUAUUAUUAUUAUUACUAUUAUUAUUAUUAUUAUUAUUAUUAUUAUUAUUAUUAUUAUUAUUAUUAUUAUUAUUAUUAUGAAUACUGUUAUUGUUAAUAUAGUAUAAUUGUGGUUAAAAAUGUGUGAGGUUUGAAAAAUUAAUAUUUUUUGAUUUAUUUCUUAGAAAAUAUCAUAUAAACGUUUUUUUCAUGAAUGCAAAAAUAAAAAUGACUUCCAGGUGCACAUAAAAUUAUAGACUGUGAUACAAUUAAUCACUAGUCAAUAAUUUAAAAGAUUUAUGGAUACAAUGAAAAACUCAAAGAGUUCAUUGUCCAUACCACCUAUAAAUGAUUACAAUGGACGACAUGAAACAUGAUAUAAGCGUGGUAUGUCAAACGCUUAAAAGAAAAAAAACACAUGUUUAUGCUGAACAAUUUAUAGCCAGCAAAACACUAAGCACCUGGAUAGAAAAAAUCCACUAUAUAAAUGUGGUAUUCAUAUAUUAUGAUAAUAAUAUACUUAUAUAUACAUAUAAACAUCAUGCACAUAAAAAACUAUAAUUGCAUUCAAAACUAAAAACUUAAAUUAUAUGGACAGGAUUAACUUGGGGAGCAUUUAGCAUAAUAGCUAAUAAUGCUUAUAAAAAUAGAUUUCUAUAUAAUUUUGCUUUUUCUUUAGCUUAUAAAAAAAAUAUUAAUUAUAUUCUAUAUAUUACAUUUUAUAAAAACAUACUUCAAAUAAUUUAUACUCACAUUUCACAGAAAAUUAUAGUUGUAAUUAGCAGUAUAUACAAUUAUAUUUUUGAUUUUUAUUUUUUUAGAAAAUAAAUUGUGAUAUAUAUAGAUAAUAAAACCUUAGUAUGACUACUAAUAUUUUUUCUAACAUUGAUUUUGUAAAUUAACAAACGUAAAUAAUUAAUACAUUUACGUUUAUAUUUAUAAAGAAGUUCUUCUAACACACACAUACACAUAUAUAUAAAUUUAUUCUGUUAAAACCUUUGAAUCCAAAUUGAUGAAUAUUAAAAUCCUUUAUGUAUGUAUGCACACAUAAAUGUUUGUAUUUGUUUGUAUACGAAGGUAUAAAUAUCGUUGUCUAUGUAUAAAUUACUCAUAUCAUUGUUAGUUUUGUAAAUAUGAAUAUACAAUAAAACGAAAAAAUAUCAUUUGUAUAUAUAAAAUUA